AUGGCGAUAUUAUCACUUAUCGAAAAUAUCGAUUUUUUAAAUUUACUCGUCCUUGUGGGUUUUGGAAUAGUAACAUAUGUGGCACAAUUCUAUAUCAGCUAUUUCACAAGAAAAAAUCCACUUCCUGGGCCUGUACCAUGGCCAAUUAUAGGUGUGUGGGAAAACGAUAUGGCGAUGGCCAAUAAAUUUCAAGAAAAAUAUGGGGAUAUCUGGGAAGUUUGGAAGUGGUCCGAAAGGCAUGUAUGGAUAGGUCGUGCUGACUUGGCUACGAAGCUACUUAAUCCAUCUUAUUCAAACAAUAAUUUUCCUUUUCGUACAACUGAAAAUGAAGGCCUUGAUUUAAUGGAUAUGACAUCGAAAGGGGUAGUGUUUAAUCUUGAUUGGAACAGUUGGAAUUUUAAUCGGAGUUGUGUAAAUCGAAUUUUGAUGUCACCAAAAUUUCUAAGGCAAUCAGUAGUGUGCACUCAAAAUCUUUUUACAGAAAUGGAAAAGUAUUGGCUAUCCCUUGGACUUGAUAACGAAAUAGAUCUUGUACAAUGGAUGAUGCGAUUUAUGAUAGAUUCUACUCUUAUCAUGACGACAAAUAAGAAUUUUCACGCUUUAGCCAACUACUAUGAUACAUUUUCUACUUCAGAGUGUUUGAAUCAUCCUUUGAAGGAUUCUGAAAGGUUUGUUACAGCUAUUAGAACACAUUUUAUGGCAUGUAUAUUCUUUAAAGAUACACCAAAAUACAAGCGAAGACUCUUUCCAAAUGUAAGACGUCAAGCCAAAAAAUUUCUUGAAGAACUUGCUUGGUUAAACAGAGAGGUUCUUAAGAUUAUUAGAGAGAGAAAACAGGAAAUCGAUAGAACUUCAUCGGAGGCUGAAUUGUCUUCAGAUCUGUUGACAAUGUUGUUAACUUUAAAUACUUUUCGUGAUCUUAAUCGAGAAAGUGACGCUAGACAAAUAAGUGAAGAUGACGUUCGCGCUAUCACGUACGAUAUAAUUGGUGGUGGUAGUGAUACUACAUCCAAUUCGUUCUGUUAUGUUAUUUACUAUCUUUCACACUAUCAUGAAGUCAGAAAAACUAUGCUUAAAGAAUUAGAAACAGUACUUGGCAACGAUCAAAUUACUUAUGAAAAACUUCAAAAGUUACAUUACUGUGAUGCAAUUAUUAAAGAAGUGUUUCGGCUUAUGCCAACUGUGUCGGUUCUAUUCAGAGUAAAUGCAAAGCCUGAUGAAAUUGAUGGACAUCAUUUUGAAAGUUCUACUACAUUUAUGAUCAAUGUGCCUGGUAUUCAUACGCAUAGUACAUAUUGGGACAAUCCUCAAAAAUUCGAUCCUCAAAGAUUUAUGGGUAAAACUACUGAAGGAAAUAAUUUUAUUCCGUUUGGUGGUGGUUCAAGGAUAUGUCCGGGAAAGCAAUUAUCAAUGCUGCAAAUGAAAGCUUUGAUCGCCUUAUUAUACAGAAAAUACGAUGUCGAAUUGGUUGACAUGAACGCACCCAUAAAAUAUUGUUCUACGACCGUUAACCAUUGUUCAGAACUUGUUAUUAAAAUUAAAUUAAGAUCUGAAAUUUAG